AUGUCUGGAGAACCUCUCACCAGGGUCACGACCCCAGUGACCCCCAAAAUGAGUGGCUUGGCCUUGACUGAGUAUUCGGCCGCGCCCACUCCCCCCUCCGAGCGCUCAGAGCGUAUCCCCGGUGUCCCACCCAAUUGGGGUAUCCCCGAUGCCUUUUUGCUUCCAAACGGAUAUCCAGACUAUCUGCGCUUGAUUCUCACCUCACGAGUGUACGAUGUGAUUGACGAGAGUCCUCUGACUCAUGCGGUCAACCUCAGCAAUCGAUUGGAGAGUCGGGUCCUCCUGAAGCGAGAGGAUUUGCUUCCUGUAUUCAGCUUUAAGCUGCGUGGCGCCUACAACAAGAUGGCCCAUCUCACUCCAGAUCAGCGCUGGAAGGGUGUGAUUGCUUGCUCUGCGGGAAAUCACGCUCAAGGUGUCGCCUAUUCCGCUCGUCACCUCCGAAUCCCCGCAACCAUCGUGAUGCCUUCGGGUACACCCGCCAUUAAGCACUUGAAUGUUGCUCGCCUCGGAGGCAGCGUCGUCCUUCACGGCAAUGACUUUGACGCUGCCAAGGAAGAGGCCCAUCGGUUGGAGAAGCAGCACGGACUCACCAACAUCCCACCAUUCGACGAUCCCUAUGUCAUUGCAGGCCAGGGUACGAUCGGCAUGGAACUGUUGCGCCAGGCGAACUUGGAGAAAUUGGAAGCGGUCUUUUGCGGUGUUGGUGGCGGUGGUCUCAUUGCCGGCAUCGGUGUGUACUUGAAGCGCAUUGCCCCUCACGUGAAGAUCAUCGGUGUGGAAGCGCACGAGGCCAACGCCAUGGCUCAAUCGCUCAACGGGGGCGAGCGUGUCCUCUUGAAGGAGGUUGGCCUCUUCGCGGACGGUGCGGCUGUUAAAACCGUGGGCGAGGAAACGUGGCGCGUCAGCCGGGAAGUCAUCGACGAGGUUGUUCAGGUUUCUACCGACGAAAUCUGUGCGGCCAUUAAGGAUGUCUUUGAAGACACUCGGUCGGUGAUCGAGCCCGCUGGUGCGCUCAGUCUGGCGGGACUCAAGAAAUGGUCUCACCGGAACCCCAGCCCUGAUUCUGGCCGUGAGUUGAUCGCCGUGACCUCCGGCGCAAACAUGGACUUUGACCGGCUCCGCUUUGUCGCCGAGCGGGCUGCUUUGGGUGAGAAGAAGGAAGCCCUUCUCAGCGUCAACAUUCCCGAGAAGCCUGGCGCCUUUGGCAGGCUCGUCGAAGUCAUCUUGCCCCAAGCAGUCACCGCGUUUAGCUACCGCUACGCGCGUGACGCAUCCGCCGACGUGCUCAUGGGUAUUUCCCUGUCUGCUCAAACGGGACGCGAUGAUCUCAAAAAGAUCAUGGGCGACUUGGAGCACGCUGGGAUGUCCGUCCGCGACUUGAGCGACGAUGAGCUGGCCAAGCGUCACGUCCGUUUCAUGGUCGGUGGUCGCUCCGAUGUGGCUGAUGAGCGUCUCUUCAUGUUCGAAUUCCCCGAGCGGCCUGGUGCGCUUGCCAAGUUCUUGACCACACUUCGCCCGAGUCAGAAUAUCUCCCUAUUCCACUACCGCAACUAUGGCGGUGACGUUGGCAAGGUCCUUGCGGCGAUUCAGUGCCCCACUGAAGAGAAAGAUGAUCUAGAGUCGUUUUUGAGGGAUGUGGGCUACCCCUUCAGCGAGCAUACCGACUCGCCGACAUACCGAACUUUCCUUCGUUCCUGA